AUGUUGCCAAACUCUCUAUCAAAACUUAAAGACAAUAAAGAUGGCAAAGAAUCAGAAUUAUCUGACGUGUUGAAAAAAUGGUUGGAGCCUAGAAUUGGUCCAAAAUUGCAAAAUGGAUUAACAGUCGAACAAGCUUGGGAGGAAAUCGUCAAAGAUAUUGCAAUAAAAACUUUGUCUUCACUUUCGUUAGAUACCUUUGCAAGUGCAAUUUCUAGGCUUGCCAGAAUGGAUGAUUUAAGUCGUUUAGCUUUGGUGGAGAAAUUACUAACAGUUUCACCUACCCCCGAUUGUGCGACCGGCGCCAGAGCUGAAAGAAUUCGCGAAAUAAUGAUCACAACAUUAUCACCUCAAGAUAACCCCAAAGGAUCUACCUCGAUUGAAAUUGAACCUGAUCUAUUAAGUGUAGCUAAAACAGUGUUGGCACAAUCUCAUAGGGAUUGGAUAGGCACACGCGAGGCGCUUUCAACUUUCCUUAAGGAUUGCACUGCAAAAUACAAUUCUGAUCGUAACAUAUAUAUUGUUUAUCCUCAUAUUCCAGAUAUUACGAGAAAUUUAUUUUUAGAUAAAGAAAUGAGAACUAGUUUAGAAUAUUUCUUUACAUGCAUUCAGGAUAUUGCGAAUGGGAAAGGUCUCAAAUUUGCAGAUCUCAUUAAACCUGUAAUAUUAGACGCAGACAAAGAAUAUGUAGAAGAUCUGUUUUCAGAAUAUUUUCCAAAAGGUUUAGGUUUGGUAAAUGAAGAUAGAGUUGGAACCGAAGAUUUUGAAAAAAAUUAUCGAAUACGUCUUAGACCACCAUUACUUCGACCUCGAUGGCAUAAUCAACAACAUAUGAUGCUUUUGACUUUACAAAAUGCUCCAAAUUAUACUAUGGCUCGUACCGAUCUUAUCGAUGCUGCAUUAUCUUUAGAUGAAAAAAUAAGUACGGAGGCAGGUUUACCACGUUGUUUUACUGAUCAUUCACAAACAUCAUAUUAUACACUUUCGUUCAUACCAAACGAUAUUGAAAAUGCUAUUAAACAUUAUAACGAUUGGAUGAAGAAAUUAAUUGAACAUGAUUGGCCUUUAUGCUUUGGAAAGGUGAAAAAAAACAAACAAGGUAUCAACUUGAUAAAUAGUGGGCGUGUGAUUAUGCUCAGUGUUGGUGCAAGUAAUCCUCUCCACUUACGAUGUAGACGUUGUGCACCUGAAACAUCUUGUGAUAUAAAGUUACCAUCAUGUUCGAAAUGUAGAUCUAGAGGAUAUUUAUGUAUUUAUCCAUUGAGAACUGAUGUAUACAAAGAAAUUGAACGACCGAAAUUAAAAUUUAGAAUUUCAUUAAGUUCUCAAAAUAUUGAUUCAGAUAAAACAAUAAUUAAUUCUAGAACAACAUCUAAUCCUAAGAGUAAAAAAAGAUCACAAUCAAAAAAAAAGACUAUUGAUGAUGAUUCUAAUUGGACGGAUGUUUGUUCGGCUGCAUUUUCCGAAGAAAUUUUAGCUGGAAUUGAUCUUACAGGUGUACCCAAAAAUUUGGAUGAAGUAGUUGAAAUCCGUCCUUCUACUAUACCAAAUGCGGGUAAUGGCUUAUUUGCUAAACGUAAUCUUCCAAUGGCGACACCUCUUGGAUUUUAUUUUGGAGUUCCUAUGAUGGAGGAUGAAUUUGACCAGGUUAAAGAUAAGGUUGGCAAGGCAUCACAUUAUUCCAUGAGAUAUAAACAUACAAUUCUUGACGCCACAGAUGAAUUUGGAGAACCAUUUACAAAUCCCAAAGGUAAAAUACAUUGCCCUUUUCAUUUUAUGAAUGAAGAUCCAUUUGGAAAUAUGGUAUUUUUGGAGGGAAGUGAAGUUAAUCAAGUUAUAUGUUGGACUAAACGAGAUAUUAAAAAAGGAGAAGAACUAUUUGUAUAUUAUGGUGGUGAAGUUGAUAGAGAACAUUGGGGUCAGGCAGAGGAAGGUACUACAAAUGAAUCAAUUCCCGGUGAAGAUAGUGAAGAAGAAGAUAUAGUGUUCAGUGAUGAAGGUAAAAGUGAUUAUGGUGAUAAUGAGAAUGAAAUGAUGUUGGAUGAUAGUAAUGAAAUUAAUCAAGAAGAGAAUGAUAUAGAUAACAUGAAUGACAUUGGUACGCCUAAUUCCAACAAUAACUACGAAUCCAACAAUACCGGAAAAAAAAGAAAACAAUCGAACAAUGACCAAGAUAAUUUGAAUUUGGAAAAUGAUCUUUAA